AUGGCCGGCACAAACACUCCCACUGUGCCACCUGAGGACAGGGCGCCGCAGGAGGCAGCGGGGUUUGGGGCUACCCCGCUCCGCGCCCCCCCAGACCCCGAGGGCGCAAAAUACGCGGUGCGGGGGGGGGUGUCCCCCGGGGGCCCAAGCUGCAGCACCGCCGCCCGCCUCCCCCGGGAGGCACCGGGGCCUACAUUUGCAUGUGGAGGAGUUGUAUCUGGAGAGUCAGGGUUUAUUGGGAGUGAAGGAUUUCCCGGAGUCUACCCUCCAAACAGCAAAUGUACUUGGAAAAUCACAGUCCCAGAAGGAAAAGUGGUGGUUCUUUCUUUUAGAUAUCUAGACCUGGAAAGUGACAACUUGUGCCGAUAUGAUUUUGUGGAUAUAUACAACGGCCAUGCCAAUGGACAACGCAUCGGCAGGUUCUGUGGUACGGUGAAACCAGGUGCCCUUGUAUCCAACAGCAAUAAAAUGUUGGUGCAGAUGACUUCAGAUGCUAAUACUGCUGGAAGUGGAUUCAUUGCAAAGUUUUCUGCAGCAGAACCACAUGAAAGAGGGGAUCAGUACUGCGGGGGACGACUGGAGAAGCCCUCGGGGUCCUUCCAAACGCCCAACUGGCCAGAGCGAGACUACCCAGCGGGAGUCACCUGCUCCUGGCACAUCGUCGCCCCGAAGAACCAGCUAAUAGAGUUAAAGUUUGAGAAGUUUGAUGUGGAGAGAGACAACUACUGCAGAUACGACUAUGUUGCAGUGUUUAAUGGUGGGGAAAUCAAUGAUGCUAAAAGAAUUGGGAAGUACUGCGGAGACAGUCCACCAGCGCCUAUUCUGUCUGAGAGAAAUGAGUUGCUCAUUCAGUUUUUGUCUGAUUUAAGCUUAACAGCUGAUGGUUUUAUUGGCCAUUAUAAAUUUAGACCAAAAAAGUUACCCACAACUACAGUUCCACCUACUACUACAACAGUCCCUGCUACCUCAAUUGUGAAACCAACAGUUGCCCUGUGCCAGCAGAAAUGUAAGAGGAGUGGGACUCUCGAAAGCAAUUAUUGUUCAAGCAACUUUGUAAUAACUGGAACUGUAAUCACAGCAAUAGCGCGGGCUGGCAGUCUGCAUGCAACAAUAUCAAUCAUUAAUGUAUAUAAGGAAGGAAAUUUAGCAAUUCAACAAGCUGGCAAGAGUAUGAGUGCCAAGAUUAUUGUUGUAUGUAAGCAGUGUCCUCUCAUCAGAAGAGGUUUAAACUACAUCAUCAUGGGCCAGGCAGAAGAAGACGGUAGAGGCAAAGUCUUUCCCAACAGCUUUGUCAUGAGUUUUAAGACUAAGAACUCAAAGGUCCUAAAUGCCUUGAAAAACAAAACAUGUUAAAACUAAACUCUGCAGCUGCAUUCUAUCAUCUCUCUUGAAAAAUAAUUUUCACUUAGUAUAAGUCAUGAAAAAUACAACUGACUGUCAACAUUAAGACCACGCUCACCCGUUCUUCCCUCCCACCCACCUAAGCACGCCCUGGCACAAAGUGGUACCCAUCCCAUGUACCUACCACGAUAAGAACAGACCCUCCUAAGUCUUAAAGCCAAAGAUUUGCAGCACAGCCAUCUGAUCUCAAACGUACCAAAAUUCCAAUUACUUGGAAUCUGUUAAUUUAUAAUUGUCCAAUUUUUUAAGGAGUUGUGUAUGUAAAAUAAGAAUUCUAAGUGCAAUAUUUAUAGUAACUCAUUUUAACGUAGCUUUUUCUCUAAAGUUUUUUAUUACAUGGAUUUCUGCAUUAUUAUCUGUGCUUAAUAAAGUAUUUUAAGAUUAAAUCAUACACCAACUAGUUAUUCAUUAUGUAUGAAGUGGGGCAGGCUAAACAUAGAAACUGGGGUUUUUGAUCAUUUACAUGCUUUUGAUGGUUUGGGUCUUGCACAGUAUGACUGACACGUCCUUGCUGAUUAAAAGCCUGAUUUUCCUUC